AUGGCGACGUGCUUCUGCUGCCCCAAACCUCGCUACAAACGGCUGGUUGAUGGGCUCUUCCCAGAGGACCCUCAAACACCCACACCUGUGUCUGCUAAUAUGGACAAGCUGCUCUUCUUUGCUCAAACCUCCCCUGACCAUCUGGACAAUAUUGGAGAGUACCCCGCUCUGAGACUGCGUCGGAGCCUGCAAAGAGAGAAAAACGGGCAUGUGGCUCUGCAAGUGACGGAGAAGCUGCUGUCCGCCUGUGACUCACAAAAGCUCCAGUUGAUUGUGGAUAGCUACCUGGAUAUACUGCAUAAUAUGCUGGAAACUAGCAACACAGAACGGCCACCAAUUCGUUUGUGAAGUUUGCCGAGUGAGAGGAAGGGAACACCCCCUACCACAGACAGUACGACUUCCUCAUCCACCGCUUUGCCUCUCUUAGCCUCACCAAGAAUGUCGAUGACGCCGACAAAUAUCACGAGUAUUGCCAUUUACUGUUUUGAAAUGAGUUUGAGUGGCCACAGGUCGAAGUGUUAGGUGUCAUAUUUUAACUGUACUGCCCUUAGGGUGCUCUGUCACAUGCAUUACUUGUGAUCACAUUGCUUUCAUCACCAACUCCACCCCUCCCCACUACACCUCACACAGGACACAGGACGCGAAUGGCUGGGUUGCAAGGGCUGAGGGGAGUGAUAAAGAAGAUUGGUCGGCAAGACAACCUCCAGAUGAACAUUUGGGACCUAGAUCACAUGAACAAGAUAGUGCCACCCUUCCUCUUCAAUAUGCACAGUCACAG